GGGGGGUACUUCGAUCCGAUCGAUCUGAUUUGACGGCGAUUCUGGGCGGCUCGGUUCCGGGGGGAGAUUGAAGGCCACCGCCCCCGCGCGCGCGUACCUUGUGCCGGAUCAGCUUUUCGUCGGGGGAGAUCAAUUGUGUACGCAACCCCCUCUCCACGGUCUUAUGCCAGACCAGGGGAGUGGUGUACAAAAGUCGUGUUCCCACGAUUUGAUCUCGCUGCUCCGAAGCCUUUUUGGCUCAAGCCCCCGUCAGAGGGGAUUUGCUGCACACCGGAACUGUAUUAGGCCUGUGGCGUCGAGAAGGGCAUCUUCCGUUUACAGAUACAACGCGAUGCAAGUGUUGUGCGUGUUCAUUCUUUCUUUUUUGACGGUGACUACCCAGCUGAACGUGCGCUUGGACGGAGACGAUGUCGGUGUAGAUGACAAGGUGGACACUCUUGUGUAUGAGUUCGGAGGCUUCUUCGAGUUUGUCGGGCAUGCGAGCGAGGCUGCUGCACCUCGCGAGCAGGAGGAGCAGCAGCAGCUCGUCGGGCACGACCGCAAGAGCGACGAGACCUGGCCAGUGGGCUCGUGGCACGCGCCACUUCGGUCGAACGAAACCUACCCAGGGAAGGAGAACUGGCCGUUGUUCGACACGCCGCAGUGCUCCGCCGACGACAUGACGGUCAUCAACUAUUGGGCAUUGAAGCAGGCGAAGAAGACACUCCCUGUGGCCGCACGCGCCGGGGACUUCAAGACAGGGUCCUGCUACAAGACGUUCACGACCGACUGGUGGUUCGGGAUCUCGCAGUGGGUGUCGUGCUACCAGGAGUUUUACAACGUCUCUACACCGUGCGCCACUUGCAUAGGUAGCGUCUACAACAUGGCCAAGUACAACAUGUCGGAGAACUGCUACAACUUGUGCAAGGGCCGCCCGUCGAGGAGGGACGGCUCCCACUGGUGCUGGGAGGACUGCCAGCAGUGCAUGUGGUACGUCGGGAAGAAGCUGUCGGACUGCUACGGGGAGCCCUACGAUAUGACGUGCCGCUAUGGCAAGGAGCUUGGCAAGGAGGGGUACUUCGAGAAGAACGGCAUCGACCCCAAGCGAUGAGAGGAGUGUGUCGGCCUUUUGGGGCCAGCAAGGUCGCGCUGUUGAGCCUUUUUCCCCUUUGCCGCGUUUGGUGGUAAGGGAACCUGCGCAUAUGCAGCCCGUGUCCGCUGACAUGGCGUUUGUCAGAUAUUCGAUGCGUUCGGCAACGAGUUAAAAAACGAUUUGAUCUCGAUGCCGAUUUCUAGGCGAUCCGAUGCGGCCUGAUGCUUGCACGACGCUGUCGAGCGUGCUGUCGCUCUGUCGCACAGUUAGAUUAGACCCGACCCCCCGAUUCGAUGCCGACUCACAUCCUGGAUCAGGGAGUGCGCAGCGUUCUCCGCCUCCCAUGAGGGGGGGAUGAGGUUUCCAGCCGCCCUCGUGCCGCAUGCCGGCUACACGUGUCUAGACCUCCAGCGGCGCGACCGA